AUGACAUCCUUAGAUGAUCUCGAUCCAUUUCUAACGCUUCCCGAUAAUUCCACAAUUCGCAUUCCUACUCCAACUCUCGAAGGCGCUUGCACACUAAUCGAUGAUACACUUAUCAAUAUAUCAUCAUCUCCGAUCCCAAAUAUCACAAAUUCGCUCGCAUUUUUUGUGUUUUAUCUUCAAUGCCAAAAGCUUCUAACUGAAAAACGUAACACAAAUCUUCGUUCAUUUAUGCAUAACUUAUCUCUUAUCGCUUCAAUCUCUUGGAGAAAGGCUCAUAGAGAUUAUACAGAGGGAUAUGAUAGAUUGUAUUUAAAUUCUCAACCGUUCAGUGCAUAUAUUGUAGCAGGAGCAGAUGAAUUUAUGACUCUUAAUGAUAUCAUUGAUGAAUGA